GUGUGUUUGUCAAGAUCCUCUGUACGAUAAUAAGCACUGGCUCUAAAUAAUCAGACUGCUGCAGCAGUAUCUUCUGCAUGAGUCAAAGUUUAGACAUGCACUAGUUGAAAAUGUUAAUAUCGCUACGCAUCAGUGAUUCAAACAGUUUUGAGCUAUGAUUUGCAUCUUGUGAUUGAUUUGUGCUAUUUGCGCUACUUGCCGUGGAACUGAACGCAUCACUACAAACAGCUGUUCCUGCAAACCGAAUCGCUCCAUAAAGCUUUAGUUUUGCCGCUGCUGCUCAUUGAUUUGGACUUUAUGAUUCGUUUUUGAAGCGCAAAGUUCUAUUUCGAGUAUCGUAUUCGUCGAAGUGCACAACCAACCCAGUGGGCAGAAUGAUUGCACAAAAUAAUGCACGUAGCACCAACAAUGAUCCCGUAGAAUCAUCUGAAUCGUACCCAAUUACGGGAGGAUCGAAUGGGGCAGGAACGUCUCGAUUGUUUAGACAGUUUGGUAGCUUGUUUUCGUCACCAGCGGCAACGACUGAUCCGGCCGGAUAUGUGGAGUUCGGUAGCAUUUCCGAUCCUUCGUCCAGUUCGGGGCGCACGCUGGGAACGUUUGCUGGCGUGUUUUGUCCCGUCGCACUGUCCAUGUUUAGUGCGCUGGUAUUUAUUCGAGUUGGUUUCAUCGUGGGCAAUGCUGGCCUCUAUGUUACGCUUUUGCAGUUUAUCAUCGCUUACGUCAUUUUGCUUUUUACCGUUUCCUCCGUAUGUGCGAUUUCGACAAACGGCGCCGUUGAGGGUGGUGGUGUGUACUUUAUGAUAAGUCGAACACUUGGACCAGAGUUUGGCGGCUCUAUUGGAACACUGUUCUUUCUGGCGAACGUAGUAGGCUGUGGAUUGGCCAUAUCUGGAUGUGCGGAAGGCAUUAUACAAAAUUUCGGCCCUUCGGAUGGUGCCGGCAGUGGCACCAUUCCUGACGGUCGUUGGUGGCGCUUUUUGUACUGCAGUUCACUCAACACCCUGAUGCUGAUUGUCGUGUUAAUUGGCGCGGAAAUGUUCGCCAAAACUUCCAUGCUGAUUUUGGGCGUUGUGGUUAUUUGUUUGCUAUCAACAUACGUUAGCUUUCUUACUCAGGGCCCGAAGGAAGUAAACAUACCCCACGAGAAUAAUUUGGUGAAUUUCACUUCGGCCAGCUACACUGGUCUGCUGGCGGACACAUUGUGGUCCAAUCUGCAUUCAAACUAUACGAAAGAUUAUACCUCGAACGGAAACCAGGUGAAUUUUGCCGUUGUAUUCGGUGUGCUGUUCUCGGGUGUUACAGGCAUAAUGGCCGGAGCAAAUAUGUCGGGAGAGUUGAAAAAUCCCUCGAAAAGCAUUCCAGCCGGUACGCUGUCCGCGGUGCUGUUUACUUUCCUGUGCUACAUGGCAUUGUCCAUACUGAUAGCGGCCACCACUACGAGCACGUUAUUGCAGAACAAUUUCCUAUUUUUGGGCCCAAUCAAUAUAUGGCCAACAUUUGUAACGAUCGGAAUUUUGACGGCAACGUUUUCCACUGGCCUUAGCAAUCUGAUUGGCGCCAGCCGCGUCAUGGAAGCGCUUGCAAAGGAUCGAGUCUUUGGGCCACUGAUGAGCUUCGUGAUCAAAGGAACGUACAAGAAUAAUCCGAUCGCCGCCGUUAUUGCUAGCUGGAUGCUGGUGGAAACGAUCUUGCUGAUCGGUUCACUUAACACGAUCGCACAGAUCAAUUCGGUGUUGUUUAUGCUUUCCUAUCUCGCGACCAAUUUGGCGUGCUUAGGCAUUGAGAUUACGGGAGCACCCAAUUUCCGUCCAACGUACAAGUAUUUUUCGUGGCAUACCGCAUUAAUCGGUCUGCUCGGGACCGCAAUCAUGAUGUUUGUGAUAAACUCGAUCUAUGCAUUGUCUAGUAUUAUAUUAUGUCUGUUCCUCGUGAUUGCGCUUCAUCUGUUUUCCCCAGCAUGUCAAGGUGCACAGUGGGGAUCCAUUUCGCAAGCGCUGAUGUUCCAUCAGGUGCGCAAAUAUCUGCUGAUGUUAGAUUCGCGAAAAGAUCACGUAAAGUUUUGGCGCCCACAAAUGUUGCUUCUUGUGGCCAGCCCACGGUCCUGCUGUCCUCUGAUUCAUUUCGUAAACGACAUGAAGAAGGGCGGUACGUAUGUGAUCGGCCACGUGAAGGUAGGCGAAUUUGCGGAUAAUGAUUCGUCGAAUGAUCCCACGAUAGAGGAAUACGCACAGUGGCUUUCGCUGUUAGAUCAUCUGAAAGUGAAGGCAUUUGUGGAGUUAACGUUAUCGAAAAGCGUGCGGGAAGGAAUACAACAUCUGAUACGAAUCUCCGGCAUGGGAGCAAUGAAACCCAACACUACCAUUCUCGGUUUUUACGAUGAAGAACAGUCGAAAGACUUUUUUGAGUAUGAGGAUUCACCGUACAAAACGAACGAGUUUGAUGGCAAUGGAGUUAAGCUGUUCCCGUAUCGCAAGAGCGGCGAAUCUAAAUCACUCGGAGUGGUCGAAUACGUACGCAUCAUUGACGAUGUGUUAAGGAUGCGGAAGAAUUUGUGCCUGUGUCGUCAUUUUCAUCGACUGGACAAGCAAAUGAUUGCGCGCAAUAAUCACAUCCGUUACAUUGAUGUAUGGCCGGUGAACAUUUUCGAGCCGAAGAAUGAGGAUCCGUUCGAUGUGGUGUCACAAUUUAUGAUGCAGUUGGCGUGUAUCAUUAAAAUGUUACCUAUUUGGAAGAAGCUCGAACUACGUGUGUUCCUCUGCGAAUCGGAAACCGUGUCGGAGAAUAGUGCUGCUUUUGAACGUCCUGCAGAACAUAGGCUUGAUCAACGGUUGAAGCUGUUGAGAAUUUCAGCAUCGAUCCAUAAGAUUCCCGAAUGGAACAAAGACAUUGAUUUUGCGAAACAUCGGAAUAUUCUCAAACAGUUUACGGGUAACAGUGAUAGUAACCAAAUGAUGGCAGAAGAAAACAUCAAUCGCUCGAAAUUGUAUAUGCAGAGAAUCAAUCAGAUUAUUCGAGAUCGAUCCAAUGCAACGGCUGUGACAUUCAUGUAUCUUCCAACGCCCCCAGCUACAUCAUCCGUUGACUACAAAGAAAAGUGUCACCAUUAUCUCGAUCUACUAACAGAGCUUACGUUCGAUCUUCCACCCACUAUAUUGGUGCAUGGUAUUGAUGCAGUGACAUCAACCACUCUGUAGGAAUAAUGGGAAAGGUUCGAGUCCACCUCCUCGUCAUAUAGAGAUUGAUCUGUUCAACUAUAUGUUUUGUUUUCUAUAAAUGUCGCUAAGAGUGCACAUUGCAAGAAAGAUAAAGAACACAAUUAUUAGACGUAAAAACUGAUUUGAUGAGGAAAGCAAUUUUUAGGUGUAAUUAUAAAACUAACCUUAUGCAUACAUUCAGCAGAUAGAUAUAUGAUAAGCUUUGAAGUAUACAACAAUACGCAGAGCAAUUCCAUGUUUAUUUUUGUAAUUGAGUUAAAUUAUUUUAAAAUAAUUAUUUCUAUAGCAUUAGAAACGCACCUAUGGCACAUGAAAGUGUAAUAAAACUGUCCACUGAUAGUAGGUAUAGUAGAUUGUCUGUGUUCUUUAGUACAUCUCAUAUCCGUUUAUAUCUAUCCAUUAUGUUGGAAAAGUUUACAGACAUUUAUUUGAAAAAAAGAAUAAUGUUAGAAAAAGCGAAGAUUUUCAAUUGUGGAAAAUGGAAACAGAAA